ACCACACCUCGUGGAUACAGAGGGCUCGUCCAUGGUUGGGGAUCGCCACGCGGCGUGCAUCCAGCCCCCUCGGCCUCCUACUUGACUCCCCUGGAUGCCCUGCGAACCCUAGCCUCUCCACUUCUUCCCCCUCGCGCCGCUUUCUUCCACGCGCAGCCGCCCGCCGUUGUCACUGCCAUGAACGUCGUCGUCCAUGUGGUCUCCGGCCACCCUGCACCGCGAGGCUAUGCCCAGGAGGCGCGCUGCCCUCGACUAUGUCCUCUACGCCAAGCCAUCGGAGUCGGGGACCACCACCACGCCGUACCCGACCGUCUUCUUCCUCGAUGGCCGCCGGCGAUCCCCGACGAUUCUGGUGCCUCUGCUGCUCCUAAGCCCACACCGGGCCUCCUUGUGCCUUCCCGACGGUGGAGCCCAGGAGCCAGAUGCCACCGUCGAGGACGACUACUACUACUCGGGAGGUGCCUACUACUACGUGCAGCCCGCUGAUGACGACCAGGAGUAGUUUAGGAGGAUCCCAGGC